CGACAGGUGAAGGAUUUUCCGCUGGCAAUGGAAUAUAAAAUGCGGUGCAUCUCCAGAGAUAUGGAAGGGGAGAAGUAGGCAAACUUUCCUCUCACUUUUCUACAAACCUUUCUCUGUCUCUCAUUCUGUGUUGGCCUUCUUUUAAUCACACAUACUCUUUCUAUACACGUUCGCUCUCAAGAUUUGCGGGGUUCACUUGGCCACAAUUUCAUCAGACAACAUACAUCCCUUCUAUAUUAUCUUUAAUACCCGAAAGAUUCAGAAGAAACACCACCAUGGCAGACCUCAGUCGCAGUGCCAUUAUCGUCUUCGUCAUCCUCGGCUGCGUUGUAUUCACCCUUAUCGGUUACUCAAUCCACUUUCUUGCCACUAAUGGCUUCCGUGAUGACGAACGGAGUCAUGAAAUUCCCCACGAGCAGGCAGUGUAUAUGCGGCAGUUGCGAUUGCGCGAUCUGCAUUGGUUGGCAAGGGAUAACGGGCUGAAAGAACCCCCAGCUCCCCCAGUCUGAGAGACAUCAUAUUACUAUAUUCGCAUGCGGGGUCAUGCUUUGGAAGGUGGAUGGUUACGGAGCAACAAUAGCAUUGGCGUUCGGGGUCUGGGUUGAUAUAUAUUAGCACCGAGUCAAGGAUUUUCUACCUUGCUAUUUUGGCAUGCAUCAUCAGGGACGGAUAUAAUCAUGAUGUUGAAG